GCGAGCUGCAGCGCCAGGAGAGGCUCAGUUGAAUGCAAACCUCCUUGACCCCUAGCUGGCUCCGCAUGCACCUCUGCCGGAGCUCUCGGGCGUGCCGGUAACCUGCUGAGAGCGACUGCAGCCUACAGGCGAGGCGCAGCUGGGGGCCAGGGGCGGUCACAGCAACCGGUGGCUGGUUCUCUCUUUUGGGCUGCCUCGGCGGCGACCAGCAGCGCUCCCUCCGCAGCGGCGCCCCUUCCGGAGCUGCCUCUGUGCUAUCCUCCGCUGGUCCCCUAUCCCUGCCGCUCAUCAGUGGGUCAAUCCAACUCCUGGCUACGAGGGACGGGGACCCACCAUCCAGCCUGCCGCUCUACUCCGGGCCUGACCGUGGCGGAAGGAGCGCAACCUAGGUGAGGACCCACCCACCCCUAGGUCCAGUCGUCCAACUGAGCGCUUCUACCUCUCAAUGCUUGCAAGCUGGAAAUAACUCACCAACCCUCCCUCUAUGCCUUUGUGGCCCCAUCCCCUGCUGUGACAAUGGAGACUCUCAGCAGCUGUCGGACUACAUUCCUCUCUGAUCUGGUGCCCAAUGGUUACCUGGUUCAGGUCUUCCCAGGCCAUCCUGAGGUAGAAGGCCUGGCCAGCGAGGUAGGGCUGGAGAAGUCUGAGCAGUGUGACCAAGGUGAUUUGAGCUCCAGGGAAGAGAAUGGUCAGAACAAGAAGAAAAUCAAAGUCAACAAGAUAUGGAAUUUUAUGAGUCGUAGAAAAGGGGCCUCCAGUCAGGGGAAGAGACCCCAGUCCAUGAUUUUACUGGGAGACACUUCCAGACCAUCAGAGUUGAAGCCCAAAGUCACAUUAAAAGAUCGAAUGAAGUCAUUUAAGAGGUUGAAGCCUUCAAUUGGGGCCUCCAAGAAUACUACUUCUAGGAGCAGCCAGGUCCAGGAACCCCAGGAGGUGUCACAUAUUUACCAGAUGAGAAAGGCCCAGGAGGCCUCAAAGCCUUUUCGUUAUUCCUACUCAGGACACACUGAGGGCCUGGAGCCCUUCCUUGCAGAUGUGCAAAGACUGAUGCCCAAGAACCAGAAAGUGUUGGCCUUUGAUGAUUUUGGCAUCCAAGUGGAGGAGGAUCACUGGGAAAAAGAGUCCUCUGAGCAGCCUGGUAGGGGCAGGUGGACCAGGAGCUACAUGAAACACACAUUCUCUGGAGACUGUGAGGCCCCAUAUAGAUCAGCUGGAGACUCCAGAAUCCAGCAUCCUGAGUCUGCAAUUAAGGCCUCCACCUUAGAAGGGGAUGUGGAAAGGGGCUACGAGGAGAGCCUUAGGCACCUGCGUCGAGACAAGGCUGUGCCUUUUGGUAGUGUUAUCAAGUUCUUCAGCAACGUGGCCGAGGUGGCGCGCAAGUGGCGUGCAUUAUCCCGGGAAGAGCUGCAGAUGAGCCAACAGCGUGACAAGACCUACUUCAUCAGUGGUGACAGUGAAGCCCUCAUCAUAGAGGGUGCCGCCUCCCAGGCCUCCUUCCCACUCAACCUGCCCUGCCAGCCCCCUGAGGUUAUGGUGUGGGGCAGUGUCAUUGAGAGGUGCCAGCACUGUCACCAAAAGGCCUCAGAAGCCUCAUGCACAUUUGAAAUGAGCAUUGAGGGCAAGAAGAAUUUGGGCCAGGCCAUUGAAGACCCCUGGCCUGCUGCUGCCUUAGUCUCAACCUCCACCUCACCUGUCUUUGAGGUCCAGAAUAACCCAACUCCACAGGCUAGGUGCAGUUGUCAUUAUGGCCAUGUCUUCACCAGGGAGAACUCCUCAGAGGAACUUGAUGAAGACAUUGAGACUGUGGUCAGCGUCCUUAAGGAAGAUGACAGUGCUGGACAUUCCCCUGAGCUGGGCACCUGUGCCAAGUUAACCACCAAGGCUGUCAUGGAGAAGCUAGAAGAGAAGCCUGAUGAGAUGGAGAAACCAGAGGCCUGCAAGGGGCCCGGGGCAUCCAUCCAGGCAGGACAGCCCCCGGAUUCUGACUUGGAUAUGAGAACAGCGGGUCCAGAGAGGAAAGCCAGCAAGUCCAGUACUGGAGUCCUGGGUACUCAGUUUUGUUUGCAGACUUUCUUUCCCCCAGCUGAACCAUCACCAAGGACUGUACCACUCAAAAUCCUUCUGGGAAAAUGCCAUUCUCUGUCCAUCUCACAGAGCAUCCCCAUGGAGCUGGAUCAAGUGGGUUGGAGGAGAUCCAGGAAGCUUUACACAGAUAACUUGGACCAGGGUUCCAAGACACUAGAAACCUGCAAGAACAUCGAUGGAUACUUGAAACCUCAGGGAACAGGAACUGAGCAUAUUAAUGAGCUGAUCACUGGAGAUUCCAUCGUUAGUGCUGAGGCAGUAUGGGAUCACGUCACCAUGGCCAACCGGGAGUUGGCAUUUAAGGCUGGCGACGUCAUCAAAGUCUUGGAUGCUUCCAACAAGGAUUGGUGGUGGGGCCAGAUCGACGAUGAGGAGGGAUGGUUUCCUGCCAGCUUUGUGAGGCUAUGGGUGAACCAGGAGGAUGGGGUAGAGGAAGGGCCCAGUGACGUUCAGAAUGGGCACCUGGACCCCAACUCAGACUGCCUCUGUCUGGGCCGGCCACUCCAAAACCGGGACCAGAUGCGGGCCAACGUCAUCAAUGAGAUCAUGAGCACCGAGCGUCAUUACAUCAAGCACCUAAAGGACAUUUGUGAGGGCUACCUGAAGCAAUGCCGGAAGAGAAGAGACAUGUUCAGUGAUGAGCAACUGAAGGUGAUCUUUGGGAACAUUGAAGACAUCUACAGGUUUCAGAUGGGCUUUGUAAGAGACCUGGAAAAACAGUACAACAAUGAUGACCCCCAUCUCAGCGAGAUAGGACCCUGCUUCCUGGAGCACCAAGAUGGAUUCUGGAUAUACUCUGAGUACUGUAACAAUCACCUGGACGCCUGUAUGGAGCUCUCCAAACUGAUGAAGGACAGCCGCUACCAACACUUUUUUGAGGCCUGUCGCCUCUUGCAGCAAAUGAUUGACAUUGCCAUUGAUGGUUUCCUUUUGACGCCAGUACAGAAGAUCUGCAAGUAUCCCUUACAGCUGGCUGAGCUCCUCAAGUAUACCGCCCAGGACCAUAGUGACUACAGGUAUGUGGCAGCUGCUCUGGCUGUCAUGAGAAAUGUGACUCAGCAGAUCAAUGAACGCAAGCGUCGCUUGGAGAAUAUUGACAAGAUUGCACAGUGGCAAGCCUCUGUUCUAGAUUGGGAGGGUGAGGACAUCCUAGACAGGAGCUCGGAGCUGAUCUACACUGGGGAGAUGGCGUGGAUCUACCAGCCCUAUGGCCGCAACCAGCAGCGAGUCUUCUUCCUGUUUGACCACCAGAUGGUCCUCUGCAAGAAGGACCUGAUCCGGAGAGACAUCCUGUACUACAAAGGCCGCAUUGAUAUGGAUAAAUAUGAGGUAGUGGACAUUGAAGAUGGCAGAGAUGAUGACUUUAAUGUAAGCAUGAAAAAUGCCUUCAAGCUUCACAACAAGGAGACUGAAGAGAUACAUCUAUUCUUUGCCAAGAAAUUGGAGGAGAAGAUACGCUGGCUCAGAGCUUUCAGAGAAGAGAGGAAAAUGGUACAGGAAGAUGAAAAAAUUGGGUUUGAGAUUUCUGAAAACCAGAAGAGGCAGGCUGCAAUGACUGUGAGAAAAGUCUCUAAACAAAAAGGUGUCAACUCUGCCCGCUCAGUUCCUCCUUCCUACCCACCACCACAGGACCCGUUAAACCAGGGCCAAUACCUGGUCCCCGAUGGCAUCGCUCAGUCGCAGGUCUUUGAGUUCACCGAACCCAAGCGCAGCCAGUCACCAUUCUGGCAAAACUUCAGCAGGUUAACCCCCUUCAAAAAAUAAUACCAACAGGGAGGCAGAUAAUUUUAAAAUAAAUAAAAUUAUAUUUAUAGAUGGACCUUUUUUUGGAGAAGCACUGUUGAAAUUUAUAUAUAUAUAUAUACAUAUACACACACAUGCAUACACACACAUACACAAAAACACACAAAGUCUUGAGUGUACACACCCACACACCCAACUACACACACACACACACACACACACACUCACACUCACACUCACACACACACACAUGCAGAAGGACCAAAAAUGUUUUCUGUUGUUUUGGGCAAGUAAAAUCUGUAGUUGGUAGGAAGAAGUACCAAUGACUUCCAAACACGUGAUCCCUUAAAAAGUUUUCUGUUCUUAUCCUGCCCCCCUCCCCUUUACUUUCAGAAACUUACAUUUCUAUUUGUUCCUUUUUUGUUAAGAUAAUCUUUUUGCUCUCCUGUGAAUGAUUCAUUGACUUGUCAUUAUUAACAUAGAUGUGUUGUAUUGUUUUUUACUUUCCUGAUGAUACUGAUGCUGAUGACUUUUGAAUUUAAUUUAAUAUGGUGGAGUUUGGGAGUUUUGAAUUUCUUUUUUUUCCUUUUACUUCUCAUUGGGUAAAGGAAGGAUCCCCUUUCUCCUCUCCCUCAACUGAUCAUCUGCGAAUGUUUCUGCAGCCCUGCAGUUGCCCCAAAUAGCCUUUUUCCUGCAUCUUCUGUCCUAGUCAUACCAGUCUGGACAUGCUCUGUUGUGCCCUGUGACAUAACUGCUCAAUAUUUCUAUUGCUUUCACUGUGUUUUAGGGGUUGUGGAGGGAUUGAAACUAAACAGAAGUAAGAGAAUGUCAGAAUAAUGAUACUAGAAGGGACUUUUGUUCAGAAAAUGUUCUGCAUUUGGGCUGUUUCUUCUUCUAGCACUGGGGGUUCCCAUGUUGUAGCACUGCUGGGUCAUGACAGUUUUGUAUCUGGGGUUUAGUUUGGGUCAGUUAUUCUCUUCUUCAUGCCACUUUGGUUAUGGGGUUUCUUCUAGGCUUCUUCCUCCCCUAACUUAAAAAGUCUGAACUAGAAGCAAAGAGGCUGAGACUCUGCCCCUUGAAGGAGGGAUUCAACUGUCUCCAGUAACAGGUAGGUUUAGGGCAUGGUUCCCCACUGAAGUCAGUUCAGCAGCCUGGUUAUACCUGCUUCACAUUUGCAGAUUGUUUAGGCAGCAUUGUUCAGAGUCUGUGAGAGGUCAAAACAGAGCUCACCUGACCAAGAUCAUCAGCUGUAUUCAAAUUAUUGACCUAGACAGAAUCCAGGGCUGAGAGUAAUCUCUUAUAGGAAAGAAGAAAGACGGGCAUGGAAAGAGACAUCCUCAGUCCAAGAUACGUACUUACAGUUCCUAACUUAGGUGUAACUUCCCCCAUUGUUAGCAGAUUGCAUGGAUAAUCUUCCAUGGCUCCUUCAUCCUCCUCCCUGUUUUCCUUCUUUCUCCUGCUCUCCCCUACACAGGAGGAUUGCUGGUAUGAGCAUAAUUAAAGCACUUCUGGAACUCAAAGAAUGCCCUAUUUCCAACAUUCUCCCAUCCCACCACAAUUGAAGUAAGCAAGUGAGAAGCCCAGGGGACAUGUCCCUGUGGAGAAAGGAUCUGAGGCAGAGUUGCUACCCUCAGGUUCAUUUUUGGCAGGCUUUACACUUCCCACACAAAGAGACAGGCUCCCUAUGUGUACUCCCUAUUCCUCCUCUCCACAUGGCCUCUUGGGUAGGUAGACCUUGAAUAGUACGAAGAAUGUAGCACAAAGGAGUAAAGAUGGGCCCUACUAUGGAGAGCCAUUCUAAUGAGGAGAUUGAGUCUGUCCUGGACCCUGUGGGAGAAGAAGACUUCAUCAUGAAAGGACCUCAGCUUAAUGAGCGGCAGCUGUGGCUGAAUGGGACACUUAACAUAGCUAGCUUGAUUGCUGCUUUUAUGCUUCCUGAUCCAGACCAGGCCCUGUCUAGCCUGGGAAUUUUUCCUCUUUGGGAAUCAAAUAACAACCUGUUUAAGCUCACAUUCCACCACACCCAAAUGAGACUUGAGGAGUAAGCCAAGGAUAAGCCUGAAUUGAGCAGAGGGCUAGAGCUCGGGACUGGCCACCACUGCUCAGCACAAGACCCAACUAAGCCCCCUUGGCAAAGAACCUGGAACUGAGUGCCGAAGCUAAAUUGACCUCCCUGUCAAACAGAAUAUCUGGCUGUGUAGGCCUCCCUUGAGUGUACAUUGUUUUCCCACUUUCCAUUCUUUCCCAUUAGGCCUGGCCUUGACAUGUUUCUCCAGAGCUUGGGGGCACACCAAAAGGGGAUGCUUGGACAGGUCCCUGGACCUACAACUUCUCUUGGCCAAGCUCCCUCCCACACCCCCUUCCUGCUCACCUGGACAGGGAGCAGGACACAGAGCUCCAGGAUCAGGGAUUAUCACCUCUUUUCCACCUACCUCUCACCCACCCAACUCACUGGUCUCAUCAGAUGCCAAUAACUUGUGAAAACAAUAAGAAAUCAGUUUACCAUUGGUCAGAAAAUUCCUGUAACCUAUGACAGCAAGCAGACCAGUGAUGGACAGCCUCAAGGGGAGCCCCCAUUACCUGAGUUCAGAAUCCAAGCCUAUUCUGUGUCCCCACAGCAGUGCUCUCCCCAAGGAAUCUGUAAAUCUCUGUUUCUGCAUGGUCCAGAGAUCCCCUUUCCUCACCUCAAUGAGGCCUGGAUUUGCUCUCCAAAAGGCUUGGAACCUGCCAUAGAAUGGCCUAAUCCAGAAACUCAACUCUUCUUUCUCCCUCUCUCUCUCAUUCCUUCUACAUGUAUGUCUCUAAAGGAUGUAUAAGGACAGCAACAAGAGAGUUCGAACAAUUCUAGUGUGAAACCAAAUAGUGAUCUUUUAGUGCUUUGGGGAUGGGGUGGGCUGGGGUGGAUGGAUGGGCAACAGUGAUUUUGAUUACCCCUGCUGCUCUGCACUUGCCAGUUUAUUAUUUCAUUUCUUCUAUCUGAUUGUUUGACCCUGUCAAACAAGUGUCAAAGUUGUGUGUUUAAAAAAAUGUUUAACAAAAAUAUGAUGUUGUAAUGACACAAAGCCUUAUGAAAAUAUUUAUGGAGUUCAAUAAAAGAAGUAAAAGACA